AUGGAAAACAACUUGGAGAAACCGACAAAACCAGCAGGUUUGUAUGUACUUAUAAAAUGAGCAAUCUGAGAAUUUUCAUUUUUCAUCCUAACAUAAGGUGGCCGGGGUCCUUUAAGAACCCAAAAUUCUUAACCUGAGCAAUAUGGGUGUCUAUCGAACCGGAAUUUCACGGGGAAUCUGAAAAUCAACUUCAUGUUCUUUGAAAUUCACUUAUUUCCAAGUAAUAUGAGCAAUCCCCCCGAAUUUUCUAUGAGAAAUUUGACCACACAAAAAGCUAGAGAAAAAGGAAAGGCAAAAAAAAAAAACAAUUUCGAGCCAACCUAAUUAACUCUUGAUGACGUCAGAGAAACGAGAGACGCAGAGUCGCAGACAGAGAAAAAAAAACGUGAUUUUUGGAAUCCACGUGGAUUGACAUAUUGCUCAGGUUAUAUGGUUUUGCACUUCUUAAAGGACCCCCCACCCUGGAAAUUUGGAAUUUAUACCAUUCAAUGCAGAAUUUCAUUUUAAUCAAGAAUACAUUGCUCAUAUUAAUCAAAAAUCCAAAAAUUCCCAUACUUUACCCUCGAAAACCCAUCAAUCUUGUAACUUCAGCUCAAUUCUGAGUCAUUUCUAGCUCAGCUCGCGCACUCUCGUCGUUUUUUUCUCCUCAUUUUCCCCCAGGGACAAGCGAGAGAGCAUGCGUAGAUGAGAGAGUGCAGACAUCGAGAGACAAACGAAAUUACGAAAUAGUUUUUUGUUUGUUUGUCCUCCGCGUUUUUUGCUGGCGAGCCGCCACGCGUCACAAUUUAUUAUCUAGUAGCCUCAACUUAACCUAAACCUAUUUAUAUAUAUUUUUUGAAAAAAAAUAAUUAUCGAUUAAUCUGAGCAAUGUCGAAAAAAUGUGUGAUGGUCAAUUGUAAGUGUGUCAUCUUUUUUAUCGAUUUUCGGGCGCCCCUUUUUUCUCUAGUUAGUUUUUUCCGCAUUUUUCCAACAAGAUGAUGAGAAAUUCGAUAGUUGAAUUCAAAUUAAGUGAGUUAUGACGUGGCAUUUUUUUUAGGGUAAAACAAUUACAGAUUGCUAAGGUCCGUUAAGGUUUUCACCUAAUAUGAGCAAUACUUCCAAAAAAUUCUAGGAUUUUUCCUAACAUGGUGGGGUCCUUUAAGAAGUCAAAUUCUUAUAACCUGAGCAAUAUGGGUGUCCGAAAAUGAUUCUCGAGUAAUAUGAGCAAUCCCCUAAUUUCAGAUGACCCGGACGGCACAUUCUCUACAGUAAUCCUCUCCUCCACCGAUGCCACGUCAUCGCCACAACAACAACAAAUUUGCAUCACCCAAAGUGCACCCAACACACCGAUUCAACAUCGCGAAAUGGCGGCGGCCGAGUUUCCCGGCACAAAUCUCGGCCCCCAGCCAGAAACGGCGACAAUUUUGGCGAAUAAGCCGAAUUUGGGCAUCGGAAAUUUGCGAGAUGGAAUUUUUGCGUGUUUUCGACCGGUUUGGGGAUAUUUUGGAAGAGGAAUGCAGGAGAUGUGAGUUUUUUACCUAAAUAUGAGCAAUGUAAAUAGGGUGGUGGGGUCCUUUAAGAAAUUUGAAAAUUUUUACAUAACCUGAGCAAUAUGGGUGUCUAUCGAACCAGAAUUUCACCGGGAAUCUCAUAAGCCUAACCUAUGUUUUGCAGAACAAAACCACCGCCAGUCGACACGUGGGAAGUGCCAUUUGAGGAAAUUGGUGAGCUCGAAUGGUUGGGCUCCGGAUCGCAAGGCGCCGUUUUUCGUGGACAAUAUCGAGACAAACUUGUGGCUGUGAAGAAGGUCAAUCAUUUGAAGGACACUGAUAUUAAGCAUUUACGACAUUUGAGACAUAAGAAUAUUAUCGAGUUUAUGUGAGUUUUCAAAAUCUGAGAAGCUCCUGUUCCUUUAAAUAUAGGCUAACAAGGAAAACAAGAGCUACCAAACAAGACCAAACAAGACUAUGUUCCUUUAAAUAUAGUUAAAUAUGCAAGCUUUCAAACGAGACCAAACAAGACUAUGUUCCUUUAAAUAUAGUUAGAUAUGCGAACUUCCAAACGAGAUCAAACAAUACUAUGUUCCUUAAAUAUAGUUAGAUAUGCGAGCUUCCAAACGAGACCAAACAAGACUAUGUUCCUUUAAAUAUAGUUAGAUAUGCGAGCUUCCAAACGAGACCAAACAAGACUAUGCUCCUUUAAAUAUAGUUAGAUAUGCAAGCUUCCAAACGAGACCAAACAAGACUAUGUUCUUUUGAGUUUAAAGGAACAUCUAUAGUCAUUCUGAAAUGCUUUCAAACAAGCCUAUGCACCUUUAAAAUGAUCUAUAAUUUUCCAGCGGUGUUUGCUCAAAAUCCCCGUGCUACUGCAUAAUCAUGGAAUAUUGCUCAAAAGGACAACUCUGUCAAGUGCUCAAAAAAUACACAAUCGAUCGAUUGAAUUGGUCGAAAUGGAUUCGCGAGAUUGCCGAUGGAAUGCACUAUUUGCAUGAUAAUAAAGUGAUUCAUCGAGAUUUGAAAAGUCCGAAGUGAGUUGGAUUAACAUUAGCAAUCUUGAUAUCUGAAUUUGACACAAAACACCUUAACAUGAGUAAUCCUUUAUAUUUUCUAGCAUCCUGAUCAGCGACGACGAUUCAAUAAAAAUCUGCGACUUCGGAACAUCGCACCUCCAAUGCAAAUCCGACAGCACAAUGAUGUCAUUUUGUGGAACAGUCAGUUGGAUGGCUCCAGAAAUGCUCAAAAAAGAGCCGUGCAGUGAGAAAGUUGAUGUCUAUUCGUUUGGUGUUGUUCUGUGGGAAAUGUUGACCAGAGAACAACCAUAUGCGAAUAUCGAUCAAAUGGCUGUGAUUUAUGGUGUUGGAACGAAGUGAGUUCUAGGACUUUGCGUGAGAUACAACAAUUUUUCAGCAUUUUAUCCCUUCCACUUCCCGAAACCGCUCCAAAGGGAAUCAUCUUGCUCAUCAAACAAUGUUUAUCACUAAAAGGACGAAACCGCCCAUCUUUCAGUCAUAUUCGUCAACAUUUAGAGAUUUUCAAGUCCGAAUUACUCAACAUUUCCGACGCGGAAUGGCAACAAAAAUGUCAGGAAUGGAACGAUUUCGCAAAACGCAUUCAAUAUCCAUCGACGAUCAAGAAAAAGCACGGAGAGAAUGGAGGAGGAGGCGAAGAAGAGCAUCAUCGGAAGAGGAUUGAGCAAUUAAGUCAUAUUCGGGAUAUUCGAAUGAUGUAUGAGCAGAAAUUGAAGAGAGCUAAUAAGAUGUAUGAUAAAUUGCAAGGAUGUUUUAAUGAGUUGAAGUUGAAGGAGAAUGUGAGUUAGGAUAAGUCUUGAUUUUUUCUUAUAAAAUCUAUUUAGGAACUCGAUGAACGUGAGCGUGAUCUUGAAGAACGAGAAUUACACCACACCUUCACAACCUCUCCGCGCAGUUCCGCACAUCGCAUGCGUUCCGGAUCUUGCGGAUUCCGCCCCUACGACAAUCCAAUUGAUUUCGAUAACGAUCCAAAUCAAUAUUCAUCGGAUGACGAGAGACUUGAAUAUUGUCGAAAUUCGCCCUAUCGAUGCAGCCAAGGAAGUUCGUCGUCGGGAGUUCAGUUUUCGAGACAAUCUUCGUGUCGAAGCUCGGCUGGAGCGCAAACUAGACGAUCGGAAGGAUAUCAUCCGCAGAGUGAGUUGAUUUUUUGGAACGUGUUAUUUUUUAUGAAAAAAAUUUUUUUUCUAAAAAUACAUUUUAUGAUGUCUGUGAGAAAAUAAUGUAUUUUGUAUAAAAACUGAUUGCGAAUUAAUAACUUCAAAAUUGAAAAUGCGAUCACUUAUUCUGAUAUUCCUGAUUAUCCACUCAGUUUUGACUAGUCUAGCUUUGGGAAGACCAGGAUAUCGUCCAGGUGGUACUGUAGAACUAGAAGAAAAAGAAUCUGGGACUUUUCAAAUUUACUUGUAAUAAAAAUAUUUUCGUAUUGUUAAUAUGCCACGUGGCACCUUAGAAAAAUUCCUGAACACACUUUUAUGAUGUCUGUGAGAGAUUUUAGCCCCUCCCUAUGUAUAUAAAAGAGCGCCUAGGAAAACAUGAACAUAAGAAAUAUGCGAUUCUAUGUUCUGAUGUUUUUAAUGCUUCAAUUGACUUGGGCUCGAAGUAGAUCUGGGUUCCGGCCAGGAGUACAGGGAGAUUGGGAUACCGCCCAGGUGGUACUGUAGAGCUGUAUUCACUGAUCUAACUAUGGGAAAGAUAGCUUUGGAUUCUGUAAAACAGAAAAAUGAGCAAAAUACAUUGCCACGUGGCAUUGAACACAGAACCUUCAUUAAUUCUCAAUAGUUCCUACACGUUAUUGUUGACUUUGAUAUUGAUUAUCAUCUCUGACAAUUCCUCCUGGACCCAUACCAUCAGAAAUACUAGUUCCUAGAACCAAUUGAAUGAUCAACAAGAUCAGAAUUAGAAUCUUCAUUUUUUUCUCGAAUUUUUUUCUCGAAGCCUUUUAUGAGGUUUCAGAAUUUUCCCACAAAUUAAUGAUGUCUAGGACUAAUAAUCUAAUUACAGAACUCUUCCCCAACGACAAUCGACAAUCCGCCGGAUAUUGGGAAUCUGUCCGCAACAGUCCAGCACGUGUCAGUGGACUAUCGCAGGACAGUGGAAUUGGCGGAGGAUCGUGCACCGGUCUCAACAAUGGACAACCCGCCACCUAUUCGCAAACAAUCUAUCGAAAUUGCGACGGACGUUGGUCGGAUGGACGAAUUGCGUCAAGACGUCGCACACCGGCUGCGAGUUCUUCGGCGUCGCGUGUCGCCACGACGACAUUCCAACGCGACAGUCCAAUGCGACAACCACAUGGUGCGGUGCUUUUCUAUACUCGUAUGUGCAUGUUUUCUAUCCUUUUUUGAGUUGGGGGAAUGCUCACAUUUUCCUUAGUACACUGCAUGAAUUCGUAUACCACAGACUAAUUUUGAGUUCAAAACAUUGGAAAAAAAAAUUUACAGUACAGCUUUCGUACAAUUUCGUACAGCUUUUCAGUCAAUUUUCAAAAUCCCCCGUAAGAAAUUUAGAUGUCUUUGAAGCUGAAUCGUUUGAAACUAGUUCUGAAUCAAAAAAUUCUAGAUUUUCUUAAAAUCAAGAAGUCUCUUCACAAAGUUCAACAACAACAAUUAACCAAGAAGCCAAGACUAACAAAAAUUUCCCGAAUUCCCAAAGAAAAUCCCCGAAAUUUUCAGCUCGUUCCUCCUCAAACCGCCAUCCGAAUCGUGCCUCCUAUCCAUCGCGCAUCUCAGCCGAAGAUUGUUGUCAAAACGCGUGUUGUCGGCAAGCUCGCGCUAAAUCAAUCGCCGCGCCGUCAACCCGUCCCAUGGCUCGUUCACCAACUCCAUAUGACAAUCCAGCUGAACAGCCAUAUUUGCCAGAAUUCACGUCAUACGAUGAGGCAUUGAAGGCACAAAUGGAAACCGAAGGAAGUCCUAUGAGAUUUGUUGAAAAUCCGAUUUAUACCUCGCCUGUCACAACUUAUAGUAAUCCAUUGAGAGAAGUUUCGACUACAAAAUCAGAACAAAAUCAUCAAGAUGAAGAAGAGGAAGAGGAAAAUGCGAAUGAUAUUGAUUUGACAUCAUCGAUGGAUUCAAGAAGAAGUCGCGCAGAUGAUGCUGAUAUUGAAAGUAGUGAAGAAGAAGAGCAAAAUGGUAAUAUGUUAAAUGAAUCUAUUAAUUCGAGAAGUUCGGAAAUGUAUUCAAUGAACACAUCAACUAUGAUGUCGUCGUUGGAAAGAUCGUUGGAAUUGGGAGCAACAAGAUCGGAUGGAUUGAGUGAUAAUGAGAGAAGAGUUCAAGCGGUUAAGAAAUCCAUCAAAGGACAUAGAAGAACUCAUUCGGUGAGUAAAAAAAUUUGGGCAUAGCUUCCGCAUCUCUGCCAAAUCCAAAACUGAAAAAUUGUCUGAAAAUCACAAGAUUCCAGGGGCAAUUUUGGGAUUUUCAGCUUUUGCAAAUUUUCAGCAAAGGAAAUGACAAUGAAAAUUGAAAAUUUGGGCAUAGCUUCCGCAUCUCCGCCAUUUCCAAAACUGAAAAAUUGUCUGAAAAUCACAAGUUUCCAGGGGGAAUUUUGGGAUUUUCAGCUUUUGCAAAUUUUCAGCAAAGGAAAUGACAAUGAAAAUUGAAAAUUUGGGCAUAGCUUCCGCAUCUCUGCCAAAUCCAAAACUGAAAAAUUGUCUGAAAAUCACAAGAUUCCAGGGGGAAUUUUGGGAUUUUCAGCUUUUGCAAAUUUUCAGCAAAGGAAAUGACAAUGAAAAUUGAAAAUUUGGGCAUAGCUUCCGCAUCUCCGCCAUUUCCAAAACUGAAAAAUUGUCUGAAAAUCACAAGAUUCCAGGGGGAAUUUCGGGAUUUUCAGAUUUUGCAAAUUUUCAGUCAAGGAAAUGACAAUGAAAAGUGAAAAUUUGGGCAUAGCUUCCGCAUCUCUGCCAAAUCCAAAACUGAAAAAUUGUCUGAAAAUCACAAGAUUCCGCGGGGGAAUUUUGGGAUUUUCAGCUUUUGCAAAUUUUCAGCCAAGGAAAUGACAAUUUCAAGGAUUAUUGAGGAAACUUUCAGUUUUUCAGUGAAAACUUUUGUGAAUAAAUCAGUUUUAGGAGGAAAACUGAUAGAAAAACCAUAAUUUUUUGAAAAUUUAUCCCAGUUUUUCAGAUAAAACCGAGGAAAAUCCCUAUUGACUACUAUUCGAGUUUUUAGGUGGGAAACCUCGGUAUUUUCAUAUACAAAAACAAAACAAAAAAAAAUUCAAAUAAGUUCCAAUAAGCGAAGCAUAAUGCUCAACUUACUAGUAUCCUUCAAUUCGUGAAAUUGAACAGUAGAUUGAUAUUUCUUCAAAUCUUCGCAAGUUUUGACAAAAGUCAAGCAUUUAUCCAUAAGCUCCUUAUAAUCAUAAACAUCAGCGUAUUUGAUUCGAUCAUAAAGUUCCAUUUUGAAACAAUUAACAAUCAAUGCUUUUUCGCAAACCAAAUGAAGCGAAGAUGACCCGAAAAAAUUCGCGGUUUCAAGAAUAUUCUCCAGUUUUUCUUUAUCUGGGUCAGAAUUUUGGAAUGUUGAGUAACAGGAGACCAAGAGAAGACAGAAAUUGAUCGAUUUCAUGUCAUGGAUUGUUAAUUCUUUCUCCUUGAUGUUUUGCUUUGCGAAAAGAUCGAAAAAGUAGUCGGAUUUUGAGGAGAGCAACUGAAAUACGAUCGAUUUUUGAAUUUUCUUUUACUUAAAAUAUAACUCACUCCUUUGUUCACAAAAAACGCAGAAUCUUCCACUUGAACCUUGAAAUCAGUAUAAUUCUCGAUUUUUUUCGAAAAAUCAUAAUAUUUUUGCGAGAACUCAAUCUCAAUAAUAAUCGAUAAAUCUUGAAUAUAACCAUUUGUCAGCGGUGCAAUAACAGUCCAAUUUUGAGUGCUUCCCUGAAUUUUCCAAUCUUUCGAAAAGCAAACAUCCAACUCAUUUGCCAGCGGAGCACCUUUUGCCAUUUUGACGCAGAAUUUUGGUCUUCAUCGCCACUUCGCAGAACCAAUUUGAGGCAUCUUGAUUUUCUGAGCAGUAUUGGAGCGAAUAGCAGAGCUCUUUGGCCGCGUCCAAACCUUUUGCGCACACGAAAAUCAUCCAAUCCACGCCGCAAAUUUGGAAUUUUUUGCUGCACAUUCCAUUGCUGUUCAAAUCUUGAAUUUGGUCGAAUUUCCAGCGAAGUUUGUUGUUUUUACUGAUCACUGGAUUCAUUGUCAAGUUCUGGAAAUAGUUAUUAUUAGCUGGAAGAAUUUGAAAAAAAUAAAGACGAAAUAGAGAAAAUUGAAAAUUUGGGCAUAGCUUCCGCAUCUCCGCCAUUUCCAAAACUGAAAAAUUGUCUGAAAAUCACAAGACUCCAAGGGAAUUUUGGGAUUUUCAGCUUUUGCAAAUUUUCAGCCAAGGAAAUGACAAUGAAAAUUGAAAAUUUGGGCAUAGCUUCCGCAUCUCUGCCAAAUCCAAAACUGAAAAAUUGUCUGAAAAUCACAAGAUUCCGGAGGAAUUUUGGGAUUUUCAGCUUUUGCAAAUUUUCAGCCAAGGAAAUGACAAUGAAAAUUCAAAAUUUGGGCAUAGCUUCCGCAUCUCUGCCAAAUCCAAAACUGAAAAAUUGUCUGAAAAUCACAAGAUUCCAGGGGGAAUUUUGGGAUUUUCAGACUUUGCAAAUUUUCAGCUAAGGGAAUGACAAUUUUAUUGAAAAUUCACUAAAAAUUCAAAUUUCCCCCGUUACCAAAAAUAAUUUUAAAAUUUUCAGAACCCCCAAGCCAUCAUUCAUCAAAUCAUCGACGAAUCUCUAUCCUCUUCAAUGGGCGAAGACAGCGAUGAAGCGGCAGCUGUGGAAAUUUGA